GCAAGAAAAUUGGAGGAAACUUGCUAAUUCAGCCUUAGCAAGACUGAUUAUGUUCAAUAAACGGAGAGGUGGGGAGGCUUCUCGAAUGAAACUCGAUGCUUUCCAAGGGAGGCCUUUGUGGGGCAACAUUCACAACGAGGAAAUAGUUUCUGCCCUUUCAGCCACUGAAAGAGAACUCUGCAAACGGUUUGACAUGGUGGAAAUUCUUGGAAAACGAAACAGAAAAGUUCCCGUGUUGCUGACACCUGAUGUAAAAGCUGCCAUACUUGUCUUGAACAGGACAAGGGAAGAUGGGAAUGUGAACGAAGAAAAUCCCUAUGUUUUCGCAGUGAAUGACGGAAGUUCAAAACAGUUUUUACGAGGGAACGAUGUUAUACGUCAUGCAUGUAAAAUGGUUGAUCUUAAAAAUCCCGACGUGAUUACUUCAACCAACCUCCGAAAGUAUGUGGCAACUGUGUCGCAGCUCGUUGACAUGGAUCAAAAUGAAUUGGGAUGGCUGGCAACUCAUCUUGGCCACGACGUGCACAUCCAUAAAGAGUUCUACAGGAUGCAAGAAAGCACACUUGAGAUGGCAGUAGUUGGUAACCUCUUAAUGGCCAUCGAUGAAGGGAGGGCACACGAAUUUAAAGGGAAAAACCUGCGGGACAUUACACUUCAAGACUUUCACAAUACUCAGAGUGAAGAGGAUGCCGAGUCUGAGUUAGAUAAAGAAAACCGAUUCCCCCAGAGCAACAUAACAUCGCCAUCGCUAACUUCUGCUGGCAAAAGGACAACGACCAAAAAGGGAACGAACAAGUCCACUGAAAAGUCUAAAAAACAUUGUAACAAGAAAAGGGGAACCCUCGAGGCAGGUCAGCAACGAAAGAUGGUGGCGAAGAAAACGUGGACAACCCCAGAAAGAAAGGCAGCGUUGAAAACAUUCCAAAAACACAUUCAAAAUGGAGUGCUACCCAAAAAAAACGAGUGUGUUAAGUUUUUGGAGGAGAAUCACGGGAUAGUACAAAACAGAACAUGGACAAACGUGAAGGAUUAUGUGAGAAACUACACCGUGAAAAAGAAAUUACUUUGAAAGUGAUUCCAAUGACAAUUAUGGAGCGACGACCUUAGAAGGACUAUUGCAACAUAUAGUGACUUUGAAACUGAUGACAUAUUUAGUGAAAGUGUACAGUAAGACCUUAAUUUGUAAACAGACAUAAGUUUAAAGCCAUUUUGUUGCACAAACAAUUUUCACUAAAAUGUUCGCUGCAAUUUUCUUCUGUUGUGAUUCUAAACAAUUCAUUAGCCAUGUUCUAAAUGAAGACAGCAAGUCGGAUAGUUAUAUGUUUGUCUACAUAUAACAUGACUGCUCUAAGCAUCGGACAAACAAUGAUUUAAUGAUGUACAAAAAUAACACAAACAACUGCACCAUACCUGACAGCAAAAAUUGUUUGUGCAAGAGUCGCAAUAAAACUUUUGGGUAACUGUAUUAAUUAAUUAAUACUUCUGAUUCACUUGUGCUAUUAUGAAAGCUAAGAAGGGAAAACUAUGACAUUGAGUUGUGUUCAGAUAUUUUUGCACAGUUUGUUUCAGAUUGUUUGUUAUAACAUGCAAUGUGCAUUUAGUGCAAGCUGUAAACAAACUUUUCACAUGUAUAUAUAAUAUAAUCUAAGGUUUUCACACCAUAAAGCAUGAUUCAAUACAAAUAUUUUGUUUAUGUAAUUUUGUAUAAUGUAUUGUAU